AUGGAACAGCUUCCUCGCCGUCUCCUCGACCUCUCUCAUGACGAUCAUAUUCUCACGCUUGACGUGCAAACAUGGAUCAGCACGGCCCGCGCAACAGUCGAUCAGCUGUCCGACUACUGUACCUUAACUUAUCGCUGGGGCAAGGGGCCACCUGACUGCAUGUUAAGCACAGAAUUCACAGGGGAAAAGGUUUCAUUCUUCGAAAGUCUACCACAGACAUUCAAGGAUGCUAUAAUCGUUGCCCGUGCCUUGAAGAUACGCUUCAUCUGGAUCGAUGCCAUGUGUAUAGUACAGCCUAGUGCACAUGGCAAUUUCAACGAUUGGAACGCGGAAGGACCACGCAUGUGGCUUGUAUACGAGAAUGCAAUCUGCAAUAUUGCGGCUACUUGUUCCGGCAAUCCUGAUGAAGGGUUUCUAUCUCAAGUCGGGACAGACUACGUUAUACCAUGCAGUAUUCCUCAAGAGACAGAAGACGGAGCAGCACCGCCUAUGUUUCUGCCCUCCAUGUUUGCGAGCCACGCGUACUAUGGUUCAGUGUUCGCGUCCAGCUUGAAUAGACGUGGUUGGGUUGCACAAGAGCGCUUGCUCUCGCGAAGGAUACUACAUUUUACCGAAGAAAGAGUGUUUUGGGAGUGCCAAGCAUUUGAUGCACCUGACGAUGAUGGAACUAACGAUGACGAUUGGUUCGAACAUCCUUCUCUCCUGACGUUCAGAAAAUGGCUGUUUUUCAUCGAGUUCUACUCAAUGUCAGAUUUCACGCAACUAACAGACCGCUUGAUAGCGUUAUCAUCGAUUGCAAGAUCUGUACCAGUGGAGCUGUUCGGGACCACAUACUUUGCAGGCAUAUGGGGAGAACAUCUUGUAGAAUGCCUCUCUUGGCACGCUAAAGAUCCUUGCUCUGUGGAUCUAAGAAGACAAUACCUCGCUAUAGCGCCAUCAUGGAGUUGGGCAUCAGUUCCGGACGGGAUCAUGUAUCCUGACGUGGAUAUCUACGACACAAAAGAAACUCUGAUAAACUUCGAAGGCGUUUCUAUGUCCCCAUCUCAGCCCAGUAAUCCGUACGGAAACAUGGAAGACGGGGCUUUGAAGUUUCGUGCUCGGAUGUUCAGCGUAUCCUUGCCGGAGGAGAACAAAAGGCGAGAGCGUUUCGAGAUCUUGGACAUCGAACAUGUGUCUUCGGUGAGCUAUAGACUCUCCUGGGAUGAAUUGCAAGACCCUGCCAUGGCAAAGAGCGUUUACCAUGUUGUUCCGCUUCGCAUGACAUGCAGUGAUGAUGCCGCUGUGGGAUAUCUUGUCUGUCUGGUUGUCGGAUUACUGCCAUCAGCAAGCGAUAAAGACUACGACGAUUCACGUAAGAUUUACCGGCGAAUUGGUUGGUUCGAGUUGCGUGUCUCCUGGGACGUUGAUGGAGAAUACCAGUGGCACGAAGCACCUUCCGAUGUAUUGUUAGCUGCGAUAUUUCCUGAUAUCACCACACAAACCAUCGUGAUUGUAUGA